UAAUUUCCCAAAAUAAAGAAAUUCUCUCUCAGGAUCAGUUCUAACCAGACAUCUAAUAACAUUACCAUUGAGGUUAAUUAGUUUCAUAACAUCGUCGCAAGGUUGGUCAUAAAACCCGAAUCUGAGCGAUUUAAAAUCUGCUUUAAGAAAGCAUUCAGAGCUUUUGUAUUAAGAUGAUCUCGACUUGGCUUGCUCAUAACCGUUUCUUUGUCCCACUGACAUAAUUAGUCACCGAAUAAAGAUUUACCUUGAAUUAAUUGAUACAAUUGUAUUAGAAGUCAUGCCUGGAAUAAACUUUUAGGGUAGGAAAAACAUCCUGCGUUCUUCAUUGAAAUUGGAAUGACUACAUUUGGUCUAUGACUAUUAAGUAUAACGAAAGUAAUUUUGUUAAAAUUGUAAACAGAUAUGAAAAAUGAAAAGAAGUUUCAUAAUAAUUAACUGACCGAAAGCUACUGAAUUAUUCUUGUGGUAAAAAAACUGAUUACAUACAUAAAUUACCAAACAUUACAGAAAAACCCAACUCAUUUCAUACUUUCUUGGGUGUCUCCAACCAAAGAUAUUAUACUAAACACUUCCCAAUAAAUUCGACAUUCGACUCUUAAUCAUCAAAUGACUAAGUAAAUACGUUUUUAAACGAAUCACCCGCAUUCGUCGCCGUUUUGUGGGGGUAUUCGCCGCUCUCCAACAAAAACUUAGCUGCCGUUCAUAAACUCGUUAGCGUUCGAGGUGUUAACAGUCCGACAGCGGUGGCGCUUUUUCAAACGAAAGAUUCAGUUGUACCGCGACAUUAAUACAAAUUCAAAAUAUAACGUGACCCCUUCAAUUAAACAGUUUAAUAAUAAAACCGUUUAACGUUUUCAUCCUGUGUCCUUUUGUUAAUAAGGAAGGGUGUCCUCUCUAAUGUUUAACCAGAAACGAAACCAACAUCGUCCGGAAGAAAAGGAUUUCGCGUCCGAAAUAAUUUUUUCGAAUUAAGUGAAGUUGAUAAGUGAAUGAAUAUGGUUGCGUUAAACAAUUCAACUCAAUUUUCGGAUUUAGUCGAAUACUCCAAAACUAUGAUUACAAUAGCAGGAGUGAUAACAUUAAUAAUUAUGGUGGUUGGAGUGUGUGGAAACAUUUUAACAGUCGGAGCUUUGGUGAAACAUUCAAAAAUUAGAACUGUGGCAGCUGCGUUCAUUGGGAGUUUAUGCAUAUCGGAUUUAUUAUUCUGUUUCCUCGUCUUACCAUUCUCAGCGAGUCAAUUUUUCAACGGAGAUUGGAUUCAUGGCGAUGUUUUGUGCGCGAUAAUUCCACUUUUACGUUAUUCCAGCGUGGGAGUUUCUCUCCUUAGUAUAGCGAUAAUUUCGAUUAAUAGAUAUAUUUUAAUAGCAUGGCCAUCGCUUUAUACCACUAUUUUUAAUAAACAGAAAGUGAUCGGUUAUAUCGCUUUUAUUUGGUGUUUUAGUUACGGCAUAAUGAUUCCAACUUUAGCGGGAAAAUGGGGAAAGUUCGCUUUAGAUGAAAACCUAGGAACGUGCUCAAUAGUUGUAGAUAAUAACGGUAAUUCCCCGAAAACCGCCCUUUUUGUAGUUGCAUUCAUUAUUCCUUGUAUUAUAAUUUUAGUUUCUUACGGUAGAAUAUAUUGGGUAGUUAGAAAAUCGAGUAAACGUGUACAACAACAUACUUCCGGUACGAAAAGAAGCGAAAUGAAUAUUACCAAAAUGGUUUUAGCAAUUUUCUUUUGCUUCGUCGUUUGUUAUUUACCCUUAACUUUGGUAAAAGUUUUUGAUAAAACUGUGAGUAACCCUCCUUUCCAUGUUGUUGCUUAUUUAUUAUUGUAUUUAUCCGCCUGUAUUAACCCGGUUAUUUAUGUAACCAUGAACAAGCAAUAUCGCAGGGCGUACUUUAACACGUUAACAUGUAAUUUUACGAAUACUAUCGAUUCAAGCACACCGGUACAUAAUAGUAAAAGUAUGGCGGUGAUGUAUGCGAAGAAUGUGAUACAAUCGCCUCAUUCCAAAGGUAGCAUAGCUUAAAAUUAUUCCUGUAUGUUUAGUUAAGAUUAUAUUUGCCAUUAGAGACCAAAAUAAGCGGAUCUUUGCCGGGUUUAUUUAAUGUUAUAGUUACCUGACUGAUUUAUUAUUGUUUAUUUCGAGGGUAUUAUUAUUACAUUUGUUGAGUACAAAGUGUUCAUUUAUUCUAGUUAGGAUUUGUGUGAUUAGCCUUUAUAUUAAUGGCGUUUGUAUAUAAUCAUAGACUUAUUUAUGAAGAAUUAUUAGACAUUAAAUAAAUGUUUUUUUAUAUA